AUGGACAACCUCGGUGACGCUGCUUUCCAGCCGGUUGCUGCAGGCCAGUCGGUCCAUGUCGAGUUUGACAUUGCCGAAGCCCACGACCUCUCCGCCGGCGGCACAAUCUCCAUUCACACCCAAGGCCGUAUUCCUUUCGCCUGGGAGGGUCAAAAGGCAAUCGCCGGCUCGCUGCCAUACAGCUCCAACACGGUCGAAACCGUCAUCAACGACACGCUCGCCGCGCCCGCUCUUCUCAGCCGCAGGCUCAACAAGAACGAGAUUCGGGCCGAAGUGAGCGGAUGCGAGGGCGACAAGCUCGAGGCCAUCGAAAAAGCCGUCUCCAACUGCCGAUCGUACGCGGCGAUUGCCCUCCACGCCAUUAAAUCCGGGCCCUCCGAACGCAUAGAAGAGUACUUUAUGGACUCGUCCGAGUCAACGCGGGAAACCGUCGCCGGCGUCUACGAGCGGGUGCACGAGCAAUGCAGCUCCUUGAACAGCGGCGCGCCGGCCUCCUGCGCCGAUCUCUUCGACCACUGCGAGGUCUCGGGUGCGUUGGCCUACACGCACACCGGCAAGACGAUGAUUUACUGCGACAAGUUCUUCACCAUGCCACCGGUGCCCCGGAAAUGUCGUAAGAAGAGCCAGGCGACGACCUUUCUGCACGAGACAACCCACCUCCAGAUCGUGAACCGGAACCGUGACCUCGCCUACGGUUACAACAACCUCCGGGAGCUGACCCACGAGGAAGCAAUCAAAAACGCCGACACCUACGCUCUAUUCGCAAGCGCCUCUGAAAUGGACUGCGAUAUUCCAUCCUCGCGAUUGGAUGAAGGCGCCGAGGACGACGAAUAA